CACAUUCUAUUUAUGCAUCAACCCGCGUACCAUGGUCUGUUCUGAAUCUCUCUGAAGCUGACUUAUUGCAUGAGUCUCUUCUUCCAAUUACUUUUCAUGUCCUCCUCCUCUCAACCGUCUGUUGGAAGCCUGUCCGCAGAGCUGCCUCGGACUAAGCGUUCCCCGUGCGCAGCGCGACUUGAUCAUUGCCAUCCUCAUCUCAACUUGGUCUGACCUUGUCUUCCCUCCUUCUCAAGUCAGUAUCCACGACGACCGAGUUUUUUCCCACCUUGAGACGGGUGGUGAGAAGGCAGGCGAAGCGCGUCUCAACCAGGAGCUGGUCCUCUCUGGGAGCUUCCCAUGCGUGGCAUCACAGGCGCAGAAUCAUGGCUUCGACAUCCACCGAUAAGAAGGCCGAGAAGUCCACAUGGGCUUCUGCCGUCGAUUCCAUCAACCCUUGGGCUGGCAGCCGAAGUACUACGCCGGUUCCAAAAGAGCCGGUGCCACCAACGCCACCGAAGCCGGGUAGUACUUCAGGGGUUGAUCACAGUAUCAACCUCAUAUACGGCUUGAGCGCCAAGAGGUAUCCGCCGGAUUGCCCGCCCCUGAAAGUCCAGUGGUUCCACGCUGUCGAUGUGCCGAAACGCAAACCCCAGCUUAUCAAGGGCAAGAAGAAACCAGAAGACUCGACACCACCUGCACCUCCCAAGAAGUGGAUGUCAUUUUCACCCCACGACUCUCGGUCCAUCGAGAACGUAUACCAAGGCAUUCUGGAGGGCAGGGAGAGGAAGAGAAAUGACAGAACAUCCACAAGAAGGGAUUCCGACAGUAGUGACGAUGAAAUGGCAACCAAGGUGGCUGUGAACGAGGAUUUCCUGUUCGACGUGGACAUCAAGAAGCGCGAGUUGGCACCGGUCUACUGGCUGGGCCCUAUCUACGACGUACGACGGGGCAGUUGGUUCUACCAGGAAGGAUCGAGCCUGCGUCCGUGUGAGGAAAAUCUGGCUGCGCAACUCGAGGAGGGCUACCUCAAAUGCAGGCCUUGGCUCUACGCUGCCUCGAGGCUCCGCAGCGAAUCCAAAUCAAAGGGGGAUGUUACUCCAAAGGCGUCUGUAGAGAAUCUCAAGGCACAGGCAGCGGCACAGACCCAGAACUCGAAGCCUGCCGGACCGCCCCCCACGCCACAGACACACAGGCUCUUCGGCGCAUGGAUGAACUCCGUAGCAACCUACCAGGACUCGGCCACAGCAUGGCUGAACUCUGACGGUGUGUUGUCGUGGGUAACCUCAACUGUGUAUGAGCGCUUUGCUGGCGGCGGAUACAUGAGUGGCAUCAAGGUGGUUCGCGGCUAUACUGAACCUGGCAAAAAGGGCGGCAAGGACCCGAAAGAUGAGAAGGAGCCUUCAAGUCCUACAGAGCAGCAGGCCGACUCGUCAGAGGGAAAGUUUCGUAAGCGAAAGUCAGCGCCGCCACAAACCAGAUCUGACUCGAUCGAUGCAUCUCCGGCGACAGAUCAGGAGCCAGCAGUCUUCGAAAGUCGGGGCGAGAGUCUCCAGCGACAACUGUCCUCGCUGAUUGAAAAUGACAAUGACGUCGAGAGUGAGGAAGAGGCUGUCCGAAGAAGAGAGGAGCAAGAAAUACAAGACGACUAUAACGCGCCUGCUGGCGAGACCCAAGGACGAGAAAUUGAGCAUCUUGUCCUUGUUACCCAUGGCAUUGGUCAGCUAUUGGGCUUGAGGAUGGAGAGCGUAAACUUCGUCCACGACGUAAAUACUUUGCGAAAGACGAUCAAGUCCGUUUACUCCACUUCUGAAGACCUGAGAGCCCUCAACACGGAGAUCGGCGGAGGCCCGGGUAAUUCUCGCGUCCAGGUGCUGCCCGUGUGCUGGCGGCACCUUCUAGACUUUCCCAAGAGGCGGGAAGAGAAGAAGUCUGAGCAGGACCUUGGCCUUGCAACCAAAGAGGAAGAUGAAUAUCCUUCGCUAGAGGACCUCGCUAUCGAAGGUGCGGGAUUCGCGCGGUCCCUCAUUUCCGAUCUUGCCCUAGAUGUUCUACUGUAUCAAAGCGCAUACCGUGAGCAGAUCUCUGAGAUUGUCUUCAAGGAGGCCAACAACAUCUAUAAGCUGUUCAAAGAACGAAAUCCAGGUUUCGACGGCAAAGUUCACCUCCUUGGACAUAGCUUGGGAUCAGCCAUCUUCUUUGACAUUCUCUGUCGCCAAAGGGAGAGGCAAAAAGAGGCAGAGAUGUCAAGAAAUCCGCUUCGUAUCUGGCCUGCCGAACCAUCACGAUCAGAAGUCAAGGAUCCUCGUGACCUUACAUUUGAUUUCGAGGUUGAUGACUUCUACUGUCUGGGGUCCCCCAUCGGGUUGUUUCAGAUGCUCAAAGGCCGAACUGUCAGUGCUCGCCAUCUCACAGAUGGACGACCUGCGGACAGUCCCUUCGACCCGGAUUUCAUGGAUGAUCCCUUUUUGCAAGCCCCUUUGACAGUAGACAACCACCGCGUGUCUCCCAUUACUGGUCUGCCCUAUUCGGUCUCAUCGCCCAAAGUCUUACAGAUGUUCAAUGUUUUCUACCCCUCCGACCCGAUCGCAUACCGUAUAGAGCCUCUUAUCUCCCCGGCCAUGUCUACUCUUAAGCCCCAGAAUCUACCUUACACCAAGAGGGGAAUAUUUUCUGUGCACCCGCAAGGCAUCUCAGGCAUCGGCGCUAAAGUCGGGCAGAGCAUGAGUGGGUUAUGGUCCUCAUUCAGCGCUGGCCUUGCCAGCAAUCUGCUCAAUCGUACUCUGGGUCUGACCUCAGAGGACGUCGCAAAAAUCAAUGCUUCUCAGCAACAGCAGCAGCAACAGCAGCAGCAGCAGCAGCAGCAGCAGCACGAACAGUCGCCUGGCGCUGGUACAAACGUAUCUGCUGGCGUGGUCUCGCAUUCCAACUCAGUGACCAGCCUGUCUCAAAAAGCAGCGGAGCGCAAGAAACAGUUGGCCGAAGACGGAAACGACUUUACACUCUUGGAUGAUGACCUCGAGACUCUUUACAGUCGAUUUCAGAAGCGGCGUUCCAAUUCUAACAAGGACUCGAAGUUCGACGACGCAGAAUCGCGCGAAAAGUGGGCGCAGGAGGAGAACCAGGCUGCACGAUUGAGGAGGGAGGAAAUGAAAGUGCGGGCUCUCAACAGAAAUGGCAGGGUGGAUUACAGCAUUCAAGAGGGUGCUCUUGAUUUCAAUCCGCUGAGCACGAUUGCUUCGCACCUGCAGUACUGGGGCGACGAAGAUGUCGCCCAUUUCAUCAUGUCCCAACUCUUGUCUCGGAAAGAAAGCGAUGGCGCGGGGAGAUAG